AUGCGAGACAGAAGUAGAAUCAAUAUCGGAGACGUUUUCAACAGAUGGAGACACCUUCGUGAGUUCAAGGCAUUCAAAACGGACGAAGACUUGGCAAAGUUUCUCUUGGACAGGACCGGGGCCACUAUGAGAGAAGUAAUAGAACUUCAAAAUCUCCAGGACAUAAGUGAGGAGGAUACACUUUAUGAUAUUGUCCUUCCUGAAGCACCCCACGAUGACCCAGUGUCCAUACCUGACAAUUGUAAAGUGGCUGUUUCUGGAGACAUUGUUGGUCAGCAGGCUGCAAUAGUGUACCACAAAUCCAUCAACCAUUGCACGAAACUCAUUCCAGAGUCGUCGGGCUAA